CGUCGGGGGCGCGCCCCGCCCUCCUCACACCGCCAGAGCCGCCCCCGGUUCGGUUCCCGCCGCCCCGCAGCGGCCAUGAGGCGCGGAGAGCGCCGGGGCCCCGGUCCUGUCCCGGGCAAAGGUGCCCUGGAGGAACAGCAGCCACCCCCGCUACCCAACGGAGGAGGCCCUGAGAGGGUGAGGGAAAACCCCGCCCUGCGCCGCAGCACCGAGUCCGAGGUCUACGACGACGGCACCAACACCUUCUUCUGGAGAGCUCAUACCUUAACAGUCUUGUUCAUCCUCACGUGUGCGCUGGGCUACGUCACCUUGCUUGAGGAAACCCCCCAAGACACAGCCUACAACACAAAAAGAGGUAUUGUUGCCAGUAUUUUGGUGUUCUUAUGUUUUGGAGUCACACAAGCUAAAGAUGGGCCCUUCUCAAGACCUCACCCAGCUUACUGGAGGUUUUGGCUCUGUGUGAGCGUUGUGUAUGAGCUCUUCCUCAUCUUUAUACUCUUUCAGACUGUACAGGAUGGCAGAAAGUUUAUGAAGUACAUUGAUCCACACCUAGGUGUUCCUUUGCCAGAAAGAGACUAUGGUGGCAACUGCCUCAUUUAUGAUCCUGGCAAUGAGACUGAUCCAUUCCACAACAUCUGGGACAAACUGGAUGGAUUUGUUCCUGCUCACUUUUUUGGCUGGUACCUGAAGACAUUGAUGAUUCGAGACUGGUGGAUGUGUAUGAUCAUCAGUGUGAUGUUUGAGUUCCUGGAGUACAGCCUGGAACACCAGCUUCCAAACUUCAGUGAAUGUUGGUGGGAUCACUGGAUAAUGGAUGUGAUCUUGUGCAAUGGAUUAGGAAUUUACUGUGGGAUGAAGACUCUGUCUUGGCUUUCUUUGAAAACAUACAAAUGGCAAGGACUUUGGAACAUUCCUACAUACAAAGGUAAAAUGAAGAGAAUUGUCUUCCAGUUCACACCAUACAGCUGGGUGAAGUUUGAGUGGAAGCCAGCGUCCAGCCUGCGCAGAUGGCUGGCAGUUUGUGGCAUUAUCUUUGUUUUUUUAUUGGCAGAGUUGAACACAUUUUACUUGAAGUUUGUCCUGUGGAUGCCCCCAGAACACUACUUGGUCCUGUUACGACUUGUCUUUUUUGUCAAUGUGGGAGGUGUGGCUAUGAGGGAAAUCUACGACUUCAUGGACGACCCGAAGUUCCAUAAGAAGCUGGGUCAGCAGGCAUGGCUGGUGGCUGCUAUCACUGCCACCGAGUUCCUGAUCGUGGUGAAGUAUGAUCCCUACACCCUCACACUUUCCCUGCCCUUCUACAUCACCCAGUGCUGGAUCCUGGGGAUUAUCCUGGUGCUCACCUGGACAGCCUGGCGCUUCUUCAUCCGUGACAUCACUCUGCGGUACAAGGAGAUCAGGAGACAGAAGCAAGAGCACAGGCACGAAAAGGAGAAGUGCUUGAGCAAUGGGGAUGGACACUCAGCCAUGCUGGAUGAACACAGCGGGAACAAACUAAAGGAGAGGAAACUCUGAGCAACAGACAAAGGGCUGAAAAGAACUUGUAGUGUUCAAGCUGGCCUGGUGGACAGUUUCAACCUUUCCCUAACUUGUAAUUUUCAUUGUUAGCUUUCCAGCACGUGAGAAUCCUCUCUGGGCAGGGGGGGGAGGAAGAAAGAUGUGGUGGUGACAUGCAGACCCUUUCUCCUCGGGUACUGGUGAGAGGUGGAGAAAGUCUGUGUGGAGGGAAGUCAGAACCAACACCAUGGGGAGGAGAUGGGAUCUUCACCCAGGUGUUGUGUGUCUUCCCUGGAAACAAGGCUUGGAGGUCAGGGGCUUGAACAUAAGGCAAAGGGAACGUAGCUGAUCUGUUUGCAGUCAACUGUGAGAUUUUAAUUUUGACCUUUGGGCAUUAGGAACACUUUGUUUUGGAGUGGGACAGAUACCUGGCGUAGGAAACUGAAUUAUUUUUAUCUGCUCAAACUUACCUUGAGCUGUGGAGUGAGGUUGUGUAAAGUGUUCAGCCACCAAUGAGCAGAGCUGCAGCCAGGUAAGCCCAGAGAAACUGCAGCUUGUGCACAAGUUGCAUAACUUGCACAGAAUGUACUCAGAACACUACAGCCCCUCAGCCAUGGGGGCAUUGCCUUUCUCUAAACUGACUUCCAGCAUCCUGGGAUAGCCUACAAUAGUUUUAUGUUGUGUCACAGCUCUAGGGAGACAGAGAGCUUCUCCUUAGUUCUGUUUUUUUAAUUUUAUUUUUCUUUCAGUCUUGGUCAUCUCUUAAAUGGAAGGUUAAACAAGAAAAAUCAACCUUCCUUUCCUUCAUUUCAUGGAGUGAAUUGCAUUACAAGGAGAAAACAGGGAGUUACUCCAUUGGUCUUAAAUUACUUGCCUUAUUCUCAGCUCUCUUAGUUCCUUACCAAGAAGGUUUCACUCUUGGUGUCUGCUGCAGGGGGCAUGGCAGGCUCUGCCACCCCUCAGAGCUGUCCCAUUCCUCCCAGGGUGACUCCAGGCUGAGCAGGCUCCUGUGUCCACUGGAAGAGUGGCCCAGGCACGGAGCAGCUGAGGCUGAGUGCAUCCUUCUGUGUAGCAGCAGAGGUCUGCAGGCCAAGCUACAGUGUUCCUGCUGGUGACUCAGCGUCUAGGAGAAGCUCUUGGAAACCUGGGCUGCAUUGUUUUGUUGUGUUUUUUUUCCAGGUCAUUAUUCCAAACUCUAAGUGCUACACUAAGCCUCGAUUCCGUAACCUCUGCUCUGAGCCUUCCCUGAGGCACUGAUGUAACCCCAACCAUGUCACUUUACAUCCUGUGAGCUCAUCUGGCUGCUAAAGGGUAUUUUUCAGGGAAGUGUUUAUCUAGAAGAACAUGGCAAAGACACCACCAGUAAAAUUCCAGAGUGCAACCCCAAAGUUUUUAAGUGGCAGAGCUGCUGGCUAGCAGGCAGCCACGUUUUCCAUCUGUUCAGCAGUGCCAGUGGCAACCAAACUCUGCAUUUCUGCUGUGAUUAUGGGUGACCCAAGUGCUCCCCAGCCCUGAAGAAGGGGCUUUGGGCAGUCAUCAAUUAACUGAGCAGUUUGCUUGUGUCUGAAGAGCUCAACAGAUGAGCUGAGGGUGCUGCUACACAAGAGGCAGCAUCACCUCCUGCCUCCAGUCCCUGCUGCUCGUGCAGGGCAGUGUUUUGCUGUGUUAGUGAGGAGUGGUGGCUGUGUAACUGGGUGCUGAGAGGUGUGGCUGAUGGGCAGAGUGCUGAGGUGAGCAAGUAUGUAUUUCUAUGCCUUUCCACCCAGAGUCAUUGCUAGUUCCAGCUGUAGAGCAGCCUCAGGAGCCCUUCCCUGGCUGGUUGGUAGCUCGUGUGUUGUGCUGGUGUCCUCCCAGCCAGGCUCAGCUCGGGCUCUCCCCAUUCUCUUCACACUGUGCAACCUCCUGGGUCUGUCUCAGGAUUUGGGUGGUGGGAGGAACAUGGUGGGGAUGAUCUGUCCCUGUCCCUGCCUCCCCUCCCCACCAGAGCCCCAGGGGUGCACAUGUGGAAUAUUCCUGUUCCCUGGGAGCCCUCCUGGAGCUUUGACCUGAGGUGUGACCCACGGAGCUGUUUGUCUGCAGCCAUCUCAACAGCUUUUGUGGUCGGUGGGGGUGACUGAGCCAGUGUAAUAAAUGAUGUUUGCUGGUGUGUUCUUUGGUACCGUG